AAGCUGGAGCUCAGUUGGAGAGCAGGGUCCUAUAGACCUGCGGGGACUGUGUCUUUAAGAGCACAGAGCCUGCCUUGAAUACAAUCAGCUCUGCCUGGGUAGCCAAGCUCCCAUCCCUAGCACACACAGCUCCCCGCUGGUGGCAAGGGGGUGGCGAGGCUGUGGGCACGCAGGCAGCGGGCGGCAAGGGCAUGGGUGUGCAUGGAUGCCUGGCACUCGGGCUCCAUGACUCGUUGGACGGAACACACUGACAUUUGAAAAGGAAAAAAAAAUACUCAGAGAAACAGAGGGAGCUUUGAAACGACCAGGAGAAAGACACACAGCAGGGGAAUCGAACGGGGCAGAGGGGAAAAGUUCCUGGGCAGGGAAAGGAUGUGAGCAGAAGGACUGGCCGGGAGCCGGAAGGAUGCCAUGGACUCUGGCAGGGAAAGUGGGGCAGCAACCGGCAGCCAUGGAGACAACCUCGCAGACACCCGUGCCAGCCUGGCAGAUCCCCCCUCUCUAGCUCAGCGACGGGAAAGGGGACGGGAGUCUGGCUGGAGCCUGGAAAGGUGGGUUCUGGACUGGCUACCUCCUGCAUUGACUGGCGAGGAAGGUCGGCUUGCACCCUGCCACCCGACUUUCUCCAAGGCUGAGGAUCCGGAUGUCGAUUGAACAUGACAAUCGCCGGGCGGUUAAACGCCGACCGAUUCCCGGGCACACACUGGAUCGAGGUCAGUGCCCGUGUAAUCAGAUCCCGAGAGGACUAGCACACACAUGAUCUCAGCAGACGAUGUGGAGUACCCACGGGAAUACAGGACCCUGGGGAACGGGACCCGGCGCUUCUCCAACGUCGGGCUGGUGCACACCUCGGAACGCCGGCACACGGUGAUCGCCGCCCAGAGCCUGGAGGCGCUGACUGGGCUCCAGAAGGCCGAGAUGGACCGCAAGCGGGACGCCUUCAUGGACCACCUGAAGAACAAGUACCCGCAGCAUGCCCUGGCCAUCCGAGGCCAGCAGGAGAGGAUCCGGGACCAGCAACCCAACUACUGGAGCUUUAAGACAAGAAGUUCACGGCACUCCCAGGGCUCCCAGCCCGCCCUGGCCGAUCAAGCCAAACUCUCCUUCGCCUCAGCGGAGUCCCUGGAAACCAUGUCUGAAGCCGAGCUGCCCAUUGGAUUCAACAGGAUGAACCGGUUCCGGCAAAGCUUGCCUUUGUCCCGCUCCACCAGCCAAACCAAGCUCCGGUCACCAGGGAUCCUUUUCCUGCAGUUCGGGGAUGAGACGAGGCGUGUCCACAUCACCCACGAGAUCAGCAGCAUGGACACACUGCAUGCUCUCAUCGUCCACAUGUUCCCCCAGAAGCUCACCAUGGGGAUGCUGAAAUCGUCCAACACCGCCAUCCUGAUCAAGGAUGAGUCGCGCAAUGUCUUCUACGAGCUGGAGGAUGUCAGGGACAUCCAGGACAGAAGCAUCAUCAAAAUCUACCGCAAAGAGCCCCUCUACGCCUCCUUCCCAGCCUCGCACAUCACCAAUGGUGACCUGAGGCGGGAGAUGGUUUAUACCUCCAGGGAGUCGUCCCCCACCCGCCGGCUGAACACCAUGUCCCCAGCUUCCCACCUCACCUCCGGCUCCCCUCCGCCCGUGCUCCAGUCUUCCUCCCCGUCCCGCUCCCGCAUGUCCUACAGCGGCGGGCGCCCGCCCUCCUAUGCCGGCAGCCCCGUGCACCACGGCGAGCGCCUCUCCAACCUGCCGCCCGCCCCGGGUGUGUCGCCCAGCCCCAGCGCCAUCCUGGAGCGCCGGGACGUCAAGCCAGACGAAGACCUGGCCGGCAAGAACAUGGUGCUGGUGAAGAACGAGGGGCUGUACGCUGACCCCUACGGCAUGGUGCACGAGGGCCGGCUCAGCAUCACCUCCACGCAGUCCCUGGCCAGCAUGGGCGACCCCUUCACCUACGCCGGGGGGCUCUACAAACGGGGCUCGGUCCGCUCCCUCAGCACCUACUCAGCGGCUGCCCUGCAGACGGAGCUGGAGGAUAGCCUGUACAAGCCCAACACCCAGAUCUACAGCGACGCCUACGGGCCCAGCCUCAGCUUCCGCAUGCCCCCGUCCUCGCCGCAGAAGAUGGCCGAUGGCCGGCUGGUGGAUGUCCAGCAGGGGCAGAGCCCUCACAGCCCCUACUCGGGGCCGUCCAGCAGGUCCUCGCCCGUCCGCCAGUCCUUCCGCAAAGACUCCUGCUCCUCGGUCUUCAUGGAGAGCCCCGUCAGCAAGCCCCGGAACCCCAGCUCCUCGGGCCCCCCCGAACUCUUCCCAGGCCCUGGGGAUCGACCCCUGUCAGGGUUCAGCCCUCCCGUGCCCGCCAAGGAUACGGAAACAAGGGAACGGAUGGAAGCCAUGGAGAAGCAGAUCGCCAGCCUGACAGGGCUGGUGCAGAGCGCGCUGCUCCGGGGCUCCGAGGGCGAGACCCCCAGCGAGAAGACGGACACCACCAACGGAGGGACACCCCCGUCAGCACCUGCCAGCCGGAGCUGCACGGGGACGCCGAUCCCGGCUCCCUCGCACCCCUCCGCCACCAGCACCCCGGCUGGGCAGCCGACGGCCAUCACUCGCCUGCACAUGCAGCUGCACCUCCACGACCUGCAGCAGAACGCCAGCGACCUCCGCAACCAGCUGCAGCAGCUGAAGAAGCUGCAGCUGCAGAACCAGGAGACAGUGAAGACGAUGCUGCGGCGGACGGAGACGGAGAUCAGCGUGCGGGUGACGGACACCAUGCGCAAGCAGGAGGACCCCCUGCAGCGCCAGCGCAGCCUGGUGGAGGAGGAGCGGCUCCGCUACCUGAACGAGGAAGAGCUAAUCACCCAGCAGUUAAACGACCUGGAGAAGUCAGUGGAGAAGAUUCAGAAGGACAAUCACCGGCUCGUCCCUGUGCAGGAGCUGGAGGAGAAGGCCGUGGUGCUGAAACAGCUGGGGGAGACACUGACAGAACUGAAGGCUCACUUCCCCAGCCUUCAGAGCAAGAUGCGGGUGGUGCUCCGGGUGGAGGUGGAGGCCGUGAAGUUUCUCAAGGAGGAGCCGCACCGGCUGGACAGCCUGCUGAAGCGCUGCAAGACGGUGACAGACACCCUCACCCAGAUCCGCAGGCAAGUGGAUGAGACCAUGUGGGCUCAGUCCAACAACCUGAGCCAGUCCCCGAAGAAGGUGGCGCCAGAGACCGAUUUCAGCAAGGGUCUGGAUUUCGAGGUCCCCACCAGCCCCCCGAUGAACCUCCAUGACCUGACCGCCUCCACAGACACCCUGGGCACACCGGGCUUUGGGCAUGGUCCCCUGCAACUCCCUAAGAGCAAUAACCCCUCCCGAGCUCCGGAGAUGGUGCUGGCCAAGACCCAGACGGGCCCCGAAACUCCCGGCAAGAGGAGCACGGACAAAGCCGUGUCUGUAGAGGCCGCCGAGCGGGACUGGGAGGAGAAGAGGGCGGCGCUGACCCAGUACAGCGCCAAGGACAUUAACCGCCUCCUGGAGGAGACCCAGGCCGAGCUCAUGAAGGCCAUCCCCGACCUGGAGUUUGCCGCCAAGCACAAGCAGGCCGCCAGCAGCGCCGCCUCCACGCCUGAACACAAGCCCUCCAAGCCACAGCACGCACAGAAAGCCACCGCCAAAAUCGACCCCAACGGCCGCAGGGGCUCAGAUGAGCUGACAGUCCCCAGGUAUCGGACUGAGAAGCCCUCGAAAUCGCCGCCUCCCCCCCCUCCUCGCCGGAGCUUCCCCUCCUCCCACGGGCUGACCACCACCCGCACCGGUGAGGUGAUCGUCACCAGCAAGAAGGACUCCAGCUUCAUGAAGAAGGCGGAGUCGGAGGAGCUGGAGCCCCAGAAGCCCCAGGUGAAGCUGAGGCGGACGGUGUCGGAGGUCACCAGGCCUGCGUCCACCCCACCCAUCAUUGCCUCAGCCAUCAAGGACGACGACGAGGAGGACCGGAUCAUCGCCGAGCUGGAGGUGUUUCAGAGAAGCUCUGGCUCCCCAUUUAUCCCCAAGUUCCGCUGCGACCGGCUCGCAGCUGCCGUCUCCCCCGCUCCCGCAGACUUGUGGCCCAAUGGGGCCACCCUUGCAGCCGAAGGAUGGAAGGCUGCAGCAGCCGGCCAGCCCGAUGCCGGAACAGACUCCAGCCACCAGCCAUCAGUCCAGGAAUCGGCCUCUCCAGCCAGCCCGGCUGUCCGCCUCCCUCAGAUUGUGCUCACCGAGUGGGUGCCUGCCCUGCCUUCGCCUGAAGCAGAGCUGGAGGUGGCUGCAGAAACAGGCAGCUCUCCGUGCACUUCCAGCGACAAAGAGGUGGGAAUGGAAGGAUCUCCACAUGUGGAGCCUACACAGGCCAUGGUUGAAAUAGAGAGAAACUUGGAGGGACUGGGGCUCUUGCCAAGCAGCCCUGAGAACCAGGCCGAAAGGGAGGAAACCUCUCCCAUCCGGGUGCCGUCUGGUUUCUUAAAGCAGGCUCUGUCAGUGCCUGGAAGCAGCCAAGCCUCACCUGUCCAGCCUGGAGGCGCUCCAGAAGGAGAAAUGAUAGCAUUCUUAAUAACAAACACCCCAACCCAGGCUCUGUCAAAGGAUGGAGGGAACCCCUUGGCUGAGGAGGGAGGAGAAAAGGUUGGGACGUUGAACACCGGAGAGGAAGGCAGCUGCAAGACUAUGGCCUACGGGCCAGUUGUCUGUGUGAAGGACAAACCCCUCAUCGAUCUCUUGAAAGAAGCCGCAGACCCUGAAGUGGGUUCCGAGAAGGUCUCCUCCGUCACUGACGAAGGCGAAGGGUCUAAAGCGGCCGUGGGAUUUCACGGCGAUGUCACAGAACCCAAAGCCAGGAGAACCAAUCCAAGCUCGGAGAGGAUGCCCCCCAUUUCUGAAGACCCCAGUGGGGCUAGCAAGCAGGCGCAAAGGGAAGACCUCGCUAGCUGUCCAGCCUCAAAGUGUCCAACGCCAAGACCAAGAUCUUUCCCAGGCAAAGAUCCAAACUACCAGGUGUCUGAACAACUCACGAUACAGCCUCCUGAGGAGCACUUCAGUGCUUCAUCAAGAUCCAGUGAGCAUAGCGCCACCUCUGGGCAGAGAACCCUAGACCGAUUUGCGGAUGGAGAGGAGAUCAAGGCAGCCUCGAAUACCGGAGGGUCCCCAGCAGAGAGAGAGCACGACCGGGACCUAGAAGGCCAAACCAAAGAGGAAAUGUCUCCUCUCGGCUUUGCAAGCCUAAGCAGCCACGAGAUUUGCGAAUGCACAUACCAAAGACUGGACAGCCUUGAAGAAACUAUCCGUGAGCUGGAGAUGACCAUUAAUGAAAUCAAUAUCCACCCAUCAGCUGAAUUUACAUUUCGCAGAGAGCUGCUAGGACAGUUGGGGUCUCAGGAUGACAGUGGGCUAAAGGAGGGCUUGGGGGAUCUUGAACACAGUUGCUGGCGUGCCAGGACCAUGGAUUCAGAACAGGGUGAGGCUGAUGCUCCCGGAAGGUCAUCUCUGAGCGGGACCAAGCCACCUCUGCUACCCAAGCCGCAGCUUCCGCUCAACAGUCCUAAGAGUGGUGGCGUUUCCAUUCCAGCCAUGAAGAUGGUGAAUCCGGCCUCCCGGCUGAAGCAGAGCCAGCAGGCGAGCCCGGACAAAAGCAAACACAUAAAGCAGAGAAUGGAAUACAUGCGGAUCCAGGGACCACAGCAGAGCGCUAAGAACUUCACUCCGCCCGUUUCACAAGCUUCAAGCAACGACGACGGUGCGCGGUGCCAGAACCUGCCAUGCCUUGUUCAAGGAGGACCAGAACAAAAGCAGAAGGCUGUUGACAUGGGAAGGGAGGGUGUGGGGGGGAAGCGGCUUCUGAAGAUGUCUCAGAAACCCGCCGAUCUGACUGUUAAUGCUGCUGCCACUCCGUUUUUUUUUCCUUAAAGUUUUUAACAGCUGUAACUGUGAUUAAUCCUGUAGGAAACUAUGCUACAGUCUUCUAGCCAAGUCUUCACGGGUCAGUGGUGUUUUGACUUUGGAGCCUGUGUGUGCAGCUUUUCCGUUGGGCUUUUGAUUGUUGACUUGCUGAAAGGUCAGUGUUGUACUGAAAGCCGCCAGGGCUCAUACUGCAAGAAGCCAGCGGGUCAGUGUUUGCGUUAGCUUCGCUGUCUCUUUCUUCCAAGAGUUUCCAAGGGAAACACCUGAGAGGGUUUAGUCGGUGAGACUGCCUGGUGCUUACCAACUGGAAAGACCAAAGGUCAGGGCAUGUCGGUGGCGGGGAGGCAGAAUGUUACUUCAAGAGACGUGGCUGAAACGGGUAGAGAAAUUGGAAUGAGAUGGGGACGGUUCCUGAAGGAGUCAGGUUUCCCGUAAUCUUAGUUUCAUAAUGUAGCACUUUAAAGGUUUGGUCAGUUCCUUCCUGUAGUGAGAGAGAGAAACUGGCGGGGGCAGCCAGGACUGCGUGGAGCAGAGGGGUGAUGCUGAACGGCGAGGCCAGGGGCUGAGUGGCAUGGAAGGGGCCGAUACUGCCAGGCAUUGAUCAUGUUGUACUGAGGGACGUGGGAGGAGAGCUGAAUUCAGCGAGUGGGAUGGGAUUGGGAAAGACAGAGUAGCGCAGGUGGGAAGGGCGAGGUUGGAAGCCCUGGAUCUCAACUAGGGGAGAAGGGGCAUGACCCCAGGAGGGGUCAUGGGUUGUAACUACCCUGCCCUUCCGUAUUGGUCUGCAGGGCAAAGGGUGAGUACUAAGCAAUAUACCGUGUGCCCAGAUGGGGGUGUAAAUGUGGAGGCUGAGACUGCUGCUGGAGUUUAAUGCUCCUGUCUGCCUCCUGGCCUCUACAUGGACUCAUGGGUAAGUGGGGGUCGGGCAUGAUGGGGCUUCGCCUUGGGCUGGGGGGGGGUGACAUUCCCGCACCGGGCCCUCUGAAAUUUAGCGCAAUCAGCUCUGGUCAGGCAGGGCUGCAUGGAACACGCCAGGGGCGAGUGGGUGGUUUUCACCAGCAGCAGCCCCUGGGGGCUGUAACGCCCAGGAGGCGAGCGAGGGGAAAGAAUGCAAAGUACAAUAAGCGAGGAGCGGCCCUGGCACCCUGGCUGUAACGAAUGCACUGUAUAGCACGGCGAAGGGCUGGGGCUCGUUAGAGGAACCUGAGGGAGGGAGAUGGGGAACGAGAUUAGAAGAGCCGCAGGUCCAGCGGCCAACACGGAUCUCUUGGGCUCAGUCUGGAGCCAUGGAGAAGGGGCAAAAAAGAGGGUCACAUGCCAUGGUCUCAAAUAGGUAUGGGAGAGGUUUGUUAAAGUACAAUACAUACAUGUGCGUGUGUGGGGUGGGGGUGGGGGUGGGGGUGGGGGUUGGGGGGAUGGCCAGUCACUGGACAAACAAAAUGUAAGCACAGAUUAUACCUAGGGGAAUCAAUGCGCGCUGUGUGUGCGUGUGAAUAUCCCAAAUGCUGUAGUGUAGAGUGUGGAUCAUGUGCAACCAGCGUAUGGAAUCGAAUCACUUCUUUUGUUGGCUAGUUCGUCGUUGGUUUUCAGUUCCUUCUCUUUUUUUUUUUCUUUCUUUCUUUUUUGUAUAGCGAUCAUUUUUGUACAAACAGAACGAGCCUUUUUUUGAAUAACAAUGAGAAAAGAAAAAAAAAAAAAGAAAAGAACCAUAAUGCAAUUGCUUUGGAUUGCAAAAAGCAACUCUUUACAUUUAAGUGAAGUGUCUUAACAUUUUAUAUUGUUUUAAAAAUAUAUUUACAUAUUAUAUAUAUAUAAUAUACGUAAUAUAAAUAUAUAUAUAUAUAAAUAUUUAAAAGAAGAAGAAAUAAAAGAACUCUCUUCACGUCUGGUAUAUGAGGGGGUGGAUCUUCUUCCCUUGUGAAAUUGUUGCUUUAGAAAUGCAGUUUUAACCCUAAUGCUCAGCUUACCAUCCUGUUUUUCCUAGACCUCUCCCUGUUGCCUGUCACUCCCCCCCCCACCCACUUACAUUUUGUGUGCAUGAUGGGAGAGGCUGGUAUGCAUCUGGAGCGAGCCACUGGUGCCUGUGUGUGACACCAAGCAGCGGGACAGGGUGUCAGUGGCAGGGAUUGAACCUGCGAUCUCUGGCUUGUAAAGUAUAACCUUUAAAGUCUUGGGGCUGAAGCAGGCUUCUUACCCGCUGUGGCCUGGCCACCAGUGGGGAAAGGGCGGGGGGGGGGAUAGAACGGGGCACUGAGCUGGUUACAUGUGCCCCAGCUCCCUUGUAGCAAUUUUUAAGAGGUGGGGGCCAUAUGAUGUAGGCAGAGUCAGGCACACACUGGGCGGGUGGAUUUUAGUGGGGGAUUUAGCGCCACCCACUGGGCAGGGAGGGGAAGGAGCUGACCCAGCUCUUAAAGAAGGGAACGGUUUUACAUCUCGAGUAUUUCCCCCUUGCCAUUGUCCAAGCCCUUCCCCACCUCAGGGCCAGCUCUGCCCACUGAUGGGCCAGUGUCAGCCUCAAAAGGUCCCCCGCCAUGCACUGGGCACACAACUGCUCCAGUGGGGCUGGCUCAGCACCAUCCGGCUCGGCUCAGCUCGGCCUCAUACGCUCGGGCAAAAGGCCAGAUGUGGCCUUUCGGGACGCGGGCUGAGCCGGAUCCAGGCUCCUUCCUCGCAGAAAUAGCUGGAAGUUGAAGCAUUAAUUUUAUUUUUCAGUACCAAAGUGAAAAUUGUAGCAAAACUGCAGCUUCUGAGAGCGCUCCUGGCCUCCUCCCCCCCCGCCAUGCCCAGCCACCCCUCCCUCCACCAGCCCCCGCAGUCACCGUCCCGCUGGCUCACUGAACAGCCUGCCUAGCGCCAGGCCAAGAAAACCCAUCACUGCAAAGGCCAGGAGGUGGUAGUGUCAUGGCUUGUCUCAUGGCCACUGUGACUGUCGCUAGUGACGGACGGGUGCCCACCCACCAGGCCCUGCCAGGAUGGGGGGAAUCCUGAGGGCAGAGCCCCCAGUAUUAAGGAGGGCCAGAUACCCUGGUGAAGGCCUUCUAUCUCCCAUGGGGGGGCACACCCCCCAUUGUGCCUCAAGGUAGGGGGCUGGACCAGCUCAAUGCUGCUGGGGGAAAGUGCCUCACUUUAUGGCUCCUGCUGGCGUGUGAGUCGCAAGGGUGGGGAGGCUUAAAAUCGAAAUGCUGGCAUAGCCCCCACCCCUGUAGCUAAGGGCUAGCCCCCACCCCCCGCCAGCACUGCCCUUUUCCCACUAGAGGGGAUGAGGUGUUUUUAAAACCCAGUCAGGUAAACCACAGCCCCCCCCCCCCCGCGCCCCCUUCGGCCUCACCUGGGCGUGUGACUCACUUGCAACCUGGCCUCGCUCCAGCUGGAACUGGCUCACGGGCGCAGGCAGCUGUGUCACUAAAUUAGCAAAAAAUGUUGCAUCCGGGGGGCAGUUUGAUUUUUUUUUCCAAAGGCACAAGGUGGGGGGAACAUAGGUGCUUUUGACUAAGGCCCAGCGCCUCCAUGGCACUUACGCACCUAACUCCCAUUGGCUUCAGUGGGCAUUCAGCAGCGAAACACAUUUCAGGUUCUGGGCCUGAGUGUCUUAGGUGAUGGGGGAAAAAAAAAAAUCAAUGGGCUUUUGAGAAUGCUUCACUCAGCACGUAGGCCCAGAUGCCUAACUCCCAUUGGCUUUUAAGGGGACUUGGGUGCCUUUGAACAGCUGCCCCAAAGGUGCAUGUGUUUAAAUGUUUACAGCUGCGUGAGGUGACCGGCUGCAUCCUCCUGUGUGUUGCAAAGGCUUUCCCCUCGCACAAGGGCCAUGGUGAAUACCGUAGUGCUUUCCCCUUUUAACUACCCGGAGGCGAUUGGCCACACUAGGCUGUGGCUUUGGAGGGACUUAAUUUUGAUUAGCUUCGUUUCCUGCCCCAGCCCCGCCAUGGUUAAGCAGACUAGUCUUCUACGUGCGUGCGUGUCAUUUUCAUGGCAUCACUCCACUUGUGUGUGAGACCAACAAUCACAGCGUGUUGAUUUAACAAUAAACCCACUUUAGUCUGACUUUUAAAUUAAAAAAAGAAAAAGUUAAAAAAAAACAAACCAAACUCAAAAAAGCACCACCCAAGUUAUGCAUGUAUCGCUGGAGUCGCUGCUGCAUGCCACACCUUGCUUUCGUCGUCUGAGACUGUAUGUUGGGGGAAAAUUUUAAAAGGACAAAAAAAGAAAACUUUAGAUGCCGUUUUCAGGGUUUCUACAACGUCGUGUGUCUGUCUCUCUCUCUCUCUCUCUCGCAUGAAUUUUAUUGUGAACUGUUUUGAAAAACAAAACAAAACAAAGCUGGUUGUAAAGGACAGGUCUGGAGUCUGUAUGUUUUUGAAAAUCUUUUUCUGGCUUCUGUCUGUAGCGUAGGUCUAUGUAUAAACUAUAUGGAUGCCAUGGAUAGUUCUGUGAGAAAUGUGAUCAUUGUAACUUGAAAAAAUUCCAAAUGACAAAGGGUUGCUUUUUCUUUUGCCUUUCCUUUCUUAUUUUCUUUUUUAUCAGAGUGUCUGGCUUUAAUAAAACACCUUUUUUUUUUUCUCUAUA